AUGUCCAAUUCAAGCCUAGCAAAGAAGCUUCAACCAGCCAAGAAAGCGUUGAAACGCCUGACCAACGCACUGGAAUCAAAACUCCAUAAUCUCAACUUCUCUAAAGCAGUCAAGGUUAUCAAAACCAGCACCAAUCGCCUCCUCGCUUAUUGCUCUCGUCACUUCUUUCUUCCCUUCAAGAAACGUUCCAUAACAAAACCAAGAUGUACUCGCACCCGCCAGUAUAACCAUCUUUACAACAAUAAAACCCUGCUUCAUAAUACCGUCUCACCUAUAUACAUAGACCACCUCUAUGCCGCAGAGCCAAGCUUAAUGCCUGCUAGGCAUUUCCAUGCACAUGCAGAAACAAGUUGUAGAGGUAAAGAUGCGAUUGUUGAGAAAGUUUUGCCAAGAAAAGAAGGCCAGUCAAGCGAGAAGAGCGUGUAUAGCAUUGAAGAUGCAUGGAGAGAAGUUGUUGCUAGAUCACCGCAGCUGCGGCCAGUGGAUGAGAGAGCUGAAGAAUUUAUAUACAAAUUUCGUGAAGUGAUUCAGCUUCAAAAGGAGAAAUCAAUUCUUGAAUUUGAGGAGAGGUUGGCUAGGAGUGCCUAG